AUGAUGUCAGCGGACUAUUUGACACAAAUUGGCCUUGCUGCGGCAAGGCCAAAGCAUGCGUCCGUCACCAACAACCAGAAUCAGCUGCGACAGGAGGAGGUGACCAAGGCUACGGCUACGCCAAAGCAAGCAUCCGUUGCCAUCCACCAGAAUGAGCUGCAACAAGAGGAGGUGAGCGGAGCCAAGGCGUUUGACCAGCCAAAGGCAGCAUUCGGUGGUCACACUGUUGGCAGCCUUGCAGCUGGAGCAGCUACGCCAAAGCAAGUGCCGGUUGCCAUCCAUCAGAAUGAGCUGAAGCAAGAGGAGGUGAGCGGAGCCAAGGCGUUUGGCCGGCCAAAGGCAGCGUUUGGCGGUCACACUGCUACGCCAAAGCAAGUGUCCGCUGCCAUCCGUCAGAAUGAGCCGGAGCAAGAGGAGGUGAGCGGAGCCAAGGCGUUCGGGCGGCCAAAGUCAGCGUUUGGCAGUCACACUGCUACGCCAAAGCAGAAUGAGCUGGGGCAAGAGGAGGUGAGCGGAGUCAAGGCGUUUGGCCGGCCAAAGUCAGCGUUUGGCAGUCACAUUGCUACGCCAAAGCAAGUGUCCGCUGCCAUCCAUCAGAAUGAGCUGGAGCAAGAGGAGGCUACGCCAAAGCUGGUGCAAGAGGAGGUGAGCGGAGCCAAGGUGUUUGGCCGGCCAAAGGCAGCGUUUGGCAGUCACACUGCUACGCCAAAGCAGAAUGAGCUGGUGCAAGAGGAUACUACACUUGAGAAGGGCCUUCGAAUUCCACUUGCGUUUGGCUGGCCAAGGGCAGCAUUUGGCAGUCACACUGUGCCCGUUUUGGCGGUGAGUGCGCAGAACAAGCAUGAGGCUACGCUAAAACAAGGGUCCGCUGCCAUCCACCAGAAUGAGCUCCAACAAGAGAAGGUGAGCGGAGCCAAGGCGUUUGGCGGGCCCAAGCAGUCAACAUCCAACUGGAUUGCUCAUGGACCAGCAUCUUCUUGGACUGCCGAGCACCGAGCAGCUCCAGCGCCAAGUGGAAAGGAUUGGUCACGAGGUGACUGGAAUCAUGACGAUCAGACAGAUCCGUGGCAGCAAGUAUGUCGCCAGCGUGCCUUGGAGCAACAAGGAGCGCAGAAGGAGGGGAAGGAAGAGGAAGAAGAGGACGAGGAACCAGAUGAUUGGAAUGAUUGGAAGCAAUGGAGAAGUGAUUGGUGGAGUGGUUGGAACUGGCGUGAGAGCUCUGAUCGGUGGAAAGAAGAGACACUGGAAGACAAAGCAGAGCAACGAAAGUGGGAAGUGCAGCAGGAAACUGAGGCCAACCGCCGGAAACUGCAGCGCAAGGAGGCGCAGAAGCAACGCGAACAGGAGUUGCAAGAAGCCAAGUGGCGUGCGGAGAGAGAGCAGAAGGAGAAAGAACGUCAGGAACCAGAUGAUUGGAAUGAUUGGAAGCAAUGGAGAAGUGAUUGGUGGAGUGGUUGGAACUGGCGUGAGAGCUCUGAUCGGUGGAAAGAAGAGACACUGGAAGACAAAGCAGAGCAACGAAAGUGGGAAGUGCAGCAGGAAACUGAGGCCUUUUUGCCUUUUUGA